GAUGGCAACAAAUGUUGCAUUCUGGUUGAAAUAACAUAACGGCUAAGACAAUGUAAGGUGAAACAGCUGGUUAUCAAAUAUCGCGGGGUCAUUAUCUAAGUUCGAGGAAUUCACGGACGCUUUCACGGCUUUUACAGGGCAUUUAUCAUGUCCUUUAGCUCUUGGAAAGGAAGCGAAAAGUACAGAGACCACUUUGAAGCAGGGAUUUACGUUUGUCCAAAAUGUGGUCAUGAAUUGUUUAGUGCUAAAGCUAAGUACCAACACCACACACCUUGGCCAGCAUUUACUGAGACCAUAAGGGCUGAUAGUGUGUCAAAAAAAGAUGAGACUGAAGCUCAACAAAGUAGCAAGGCAAAAGCAUUGAAGGUAAGCUGUGGCAAAUGCGGCAAUGGCUUGGGACAUGAGUUCUUAAGAGAUAGUCCAGAUGGUGUAUCCUCAAGAUUUUGAAUCUUCUCUGACUCACUGCAGUUCGUCCCAAAGCAGGAUGAACAAGCCAGUGAGUCAACCUCAAGUCAAAAUGGUACAAAGUAAACUUUACAGUAUAAUAUUAAGGGAGCGCAGCUUUUAAAUGAUUGUACAUGUAUAAUACAUGUAUAUUUAUGGAACUAACAAUACUAUCUCUGGUAUGCAUUAAAUUUAAAUCAAAGGCUUACAAUAACUCCAGGCAGGGACUGACAGUUAAAAUGUUGAUGGACACUAGGAAUAGUCUAAUUUGGUUUCCUGCUUGUCAGUUUUGUGGGGCACAAGUCAGUCGACUGGCAGAUUUGACAAGAAUUUUUCUAGGCAAGGAAACUUAAGUUGCCAGUAACUUUAAUUAACAGCUAAAAACUCAAUUAGACCACCCCCUCCCUUCAACCUCUUAUCUUAUGACCCCUCCUGUACCACUUCAUGGUCUUCAUAGGGUGUUAAGGAUACUACGAAAUUACUAAUUCUAUAGUGAAUUUGAGGCAUUGGCAUAGAAUAAAGGAAACGUGGCCAUGUUAGAAAGUACAAUAUAGCUUUUAAGGUAAGGGCUGAUGAAGAAGGAAAGCCCUUUUUUAAAUAAACACUGAUUUUUCAGAAAACUACAUUAUUCAAAGGCUUUCUUGAACUGGAACUGUAAAUAUUUAUUGAUACUACAGCUGUCAUUUUACACUGCAACUGUUGAUAUUUUUACAAGUUUUUAAACUAGUGGCUGAUGAACUUAGGAAGAGCUGUUCUUAGGGAAACACUGUGAUUUCUGAGAAAUUAGAUUAUUCAACGUGUUUCUUGACUUGGAGCUGUGAAUUAUAUUUAUUGAUGCGACAGCUUUCAUACAGUGUAACUUUUGAUAUUUUUAUAAGUUGAUCAACUGGAGAGUUAUUGCAUUCUGUUUGAGUGUAUGAAGUGUCUAGAUUGAAACCCUCGAACUGUGGGAGCUAGGUAUGGAACGUGGUUACAAGUACAAGUUACAAGUAAUUGUAACAUCAAACAAGAUGCUAAUAAAUUCAGGUUAAUCAGAUAAUAAACUGACUCAGUUUUCA